AUGGCUGAGGAAACUAAAAAUUUAAAUCAAGAGUCAAAUAAUGAAGCACACUUUAGUCAUGAAGAGUUGGUUAAAUUAACUCAGGAAGCUAUUGACAAAAUAAUCGAAAGUGAUCCACUUUUUUCUGGUCUACCUUCAGAUGUGACAAUUGAAGAAUUAAAAUCCCAGACUGCUGUUGCUCAAGGACAGGCUAUCACAUUGUAUUUAAAUCGGGGUGAAUUGCCUCGUUUGUAUAUUGUGGUUUCACCGAACAGUACCACCGUUUUGGAUCUGAAAAAAGCGAUAAAGAGACAAACAACACUGGCUUUGUGUCGAGAACGAGUGAAAAAAAAAAUCAGCUGGAAGCACGUGUGGAAAAAGUACGACUUAUGCUUCGACGGUGUUCCUUUAAAUAAUGAUAAUGAAAAUAUUAAAAAUUAUGGUAUUGCUAAUAAAGUUGAAUUGCAGUAUGUAAAAAAACGUAGGGAGAAAAAUAAAAUAGGUGAAACUUUUUUUUCUUCGUCAGGUUCUUCAGCUGCUCUAGUUUCGGUUGGAAUUUCAACCUUGGGCAUUUUUUUAACAUUAAUUUUCAACUGAGGCAUGCAGUCUUCCACCAUCAUACAAGUUAAUUCAAAUGACGGACUGUGAAAAUAAUCGCUAAUAUGAAAUUCUUUCAAAUUCCAUGCUCUGUAAAGGCUCUCAAGACCACGAUCAGUAAGUUUUUUACACUCCGAGACAUUUAAAUACUCCAACGUAGGACAUAGACCAAUGACUCGGUCUAAACACCAGUCAUCAAAAUGCUUACAAUUUUUAAAUGAAGCUCUUUUUAAAAAUUUAAGCCCCUUAAAAUUCUCAAUUCCUUCAAAAAUUAUUUCUGAGUUACUGGCAUCUAUUUCUUCAAGGUACCAGUUUUGCGUAUACAAAUUUGGUAUUUUCUCCAUGUCAUUAGCAUCCCAGAACUCAGUUUCCCCCUUUUUCCGGAUACGACUGUGUCGGAAAAUAAGAAAAUGUGUAGCAGCUAAAUCGUUACCCAGUGCUUGAUUACGCUCAGGAAGAUAACGUUGAUCAUAUUGUAAAUACUCAUGUUGCUUGACAUAGUACCAUCGACUAAAGUCAGAUGGGUAGAAAGUUUUGCCUCUGAAAAUUAUACCUCCAGCAUCAUCUCUAUCUGCUUGUCGAUUGAACAUGCUCAGAAAUGUUCCAGGAUCUUGAUCAAUUCCACCAGGCAUGUUUCGCCAUUUUUUUAAUCUACGUCUGGGUCUUGGAUUUUCUGAUUCUUCUUCCUCAGCUUGAAGUUUCUCUGGUGACUUGUAGUAGUCCGGAUGAUUUGUUGCAAGUCUCUUUAUUAUUUUUAAUUGAUUCACUCCUGGGCCACACACUUUUGACACUACUUUAUUUAGAAACAUUUUUUUUUUUUUGAUAA